GGGGGAAGCACCGAUCCGUUCCCUCGGGGCGACACCGCCGGUCGGACCCCCCACCCCCGGCGCCACCUCCCGGCGGCGGCCCGGUGCCCCGCGCGGGCCCGGUGCUCGCUCUGCGCAGCCGCGGCGGGGCGGGCGCCCGGCAGGACCGCCCGCUGUCCCAUCAGCCCCUGCGCGCGGCGCCGCCUCUCUCUCUCGGCCGGGCCUGUGGCGGACGGCGCCGUCGCGCAACCGGCACCAUGCCUGCCCUCCGACCUCUCGUGAAACCUAAAAUCGUCAAGAAGAGGACCAAGAAGUUCAUCCGCCAUCAGUCGGAUCGCUAUGUCAAGAUCAAGCGCAACUGGCGUAAACCGAGAGGUAUUGAUAACAGAGUUCGCAGGCGGUUCAAGGGUCAGAUCCUGAUGCCCAACAUUGGCUACGGGAGCAAUAAGAAGACAAAGCACAUGCUGCCCACGGGGUUCAGAAAGUUCCUGGUCCACAACGUCAAAGAGCUGGAAGUGCUCAUGAUGAGCAACAGGUCGUACUGCGCAGAGAUUGCUCACAACGUCUCCUCUAAGAACCGGAAGAUAAUCGUGGAGAGAGCGGCUCAGCUCGCCAUCAAGAUCACCAAUCCCAACGCCAGGCUGCGCAGCGAGGAGAACGAAUAAACUGCCUUCUGCACCUGAGCUGUAUUUAAUAAAGUGUAAGACCAAA